GGCGGCGCCCAUGUGCCGAAAAUGGCGGCAAUUUAUAACAAAUUUGUUAUUGUAAUUUUGACUUUGUUAACCGUGAAUGGGAUAAUCUAUUCUAUACGAGGUGCACGUCUUAGUGAUCCCAAGAUAUUGCUUCCAUACUACAGUACUGUGGUUACAAAUUUUACGCUGCACAUCAAUCUAACCAAGGAGGAAUCGCACGUGCACGACAGUUGUUACACAUGGCGAUCAACACAACAAGAGGUGGCCACAGUUCAGCUUGUAAAUAGUACAGAUGGGGAGUGUGCAUUCUCAGCAGUUAUUUCAGCUGUGUCCAAAUCUUCCCACAGGAAAACCUCCAUUGUUUUGGCAGAGAACAAAGUCACUCGUGAAGUACUGAGAUGUAUUGUGAUUGUGGAAUCUCUACAUCGGUUUGAGAUCCAGACCACCACUCGUCUACUGUAUCUUGAAGAUUCACCAGAGGAACUUACCAUUCGGGGCUUUGAUGAAGAGGGAAAUGUCUUCUCUAGUUUGGCUGGUCUGCGGUUUGAGUGGAGCCUCGAACCAGAUACGUCAGCUGACCAAGAUGUCAUCAUUGAUGCCAGCAACAUUCUCCGAAUCAUUAAAUUUUCAGAGUCCCAUUACACGCGACCCUCCUACAUCGACAGAUUGGAGGGACGGGGUCUGCAGGGAGACAUGAUCCUGGUUGAGGGUAUACGGACAGGCAGUGCCAAUGUUAGGUCCGUCAUACGUGAUCCAAGGUACAAGAAUGUCAUGCCGUACGUGGUAAAGAUUAUGGUGAUUGCGAACUUGAUGGUCAGUCCAGCUGAAGCGUAUGUCCUGAAAUACUCCACUGUCAAAUAUACUGUCGAGCUGAUCAAACAGAACUCCAUCAUCGAGAUUGCAAUGCCAUCAGAACAGUUUUAUUUGGAAGUCCAGGACCAUAUGAUCUGUGAGUUCAACGCCCAGACAUCAUUUGCCACAGCAGCAGAGCUUGGCUCCACAGAGAUUGUACUGAUGGACAAAAACAUCAAGAAUCAGGAUGUUUUGAGGCGUCCAUCUGCGAUGAUGUAUGUUGUCACUGCGAGUCGUCUAGCAUUUGUUAUUCUGCCUCACAAGAAAUGGGUAUUAGAAACUGGACGGGAAUAUGAAAUCCUGAUAGAGGUUUACGAUAAAAACAGUCACAAGGUCUACCCCUCUGAUAACGUUAUCAUCAAGGCAGUGUUCCCUAAGGAAUAUUUCGAAGUCUUGUUCUCCACCAAAAAUGGUACAUACCACAGAGUAAAGACCCGAAACAACGGACAAACAGUGCUGGAUGGAACCCUAGCCACUGUGAUCAGAACAGAUGGAUCAGAGUACCCGAUCAGUCCAGCCAUCAAACAGAUACAGCCAGUGGAGAUUUAUGACCCUAUACUGGUAAAACCAUCGGAACUCUUCUUUCCUUGGGACCCACACAUGCCAAUCAGUCACCGCUACCAACUACAGGCUACAGGAGGAAGUGGGGAGUACAUAUGGAAGUCGUCACAAUCACAGAUCACCGUUGUCAACAUAAAUGGGGAGAUAACUACAGGUCACACAGGAAGUGCAAACAUAACCGCAGCUGACACGAGGAACCAGGCUCACUGGGGUUUGUCUACUGUACGAGUACUGCCACCAUCAGACAUGUUGUUCCGCCCCAGAAAAGUCGAAGCCGCUGUGGGGACAGUUCUAGAGCUGCCUCUGGCGGUGUUUGCUCUAUAUAAGGGGACUCCCCGAGAAUUCAAUGACUGCAGAAUGAUGAGGCUGAAUGUAACCUUUACUGACCAGACUGUGUUCCAGUAUAUGGAGGAUAAAACUUCCUUACCUGAGAAUGGAUGUCGGUUUGUGAAGGUCAAAGCUGUGAUCCAAGGUCACACAGAGGUAACAGCCUCCUAUGAAGUAGGCAACAUACAGUUGGAAUCCACAGUGACAAUUGCUGCCUACGAUCCACUUCAGGCUGUGGAUCCUGAGAAGGAGGCAGUUGUGGCAGUGGGCUCACUGAAGGAGGUGGUGUUCAGGGGUGGCCCCCAGCCCUGGGUGAUAGACUCAUCAAAGUAUUUCCAAAUCUUGACUCCAGAAAAUCCUAGCAUUGUCAAACAGCAUCAGUUGGGGACAUUUGGCAACAACCGAGGAUUCCACAACUUCUUAGUGACUUGUAAAGAUAUUGGUAAACAGAGGUUGACCCUGAAGGUUGGAAAUGAGAAAACUGCCAAGAAUCAGUACCCAGCAUCAGAAGAAGUCUCCAUCAUAUAUAACUGUGCCGCCCCUGUAGAACUACACCUGACACCCCUGGUGAAGACACCAGACAAGGACCUGCCACCAUGUCCUGUCAUACGAGAUCCAACACAAUCAGUACCCGUACACUGUAGUCGAGAUCUGGACAUACUUGUGACUGUGACAGACUCUGCUGGCAAUAAGUUUGACAACUUCUCCUCCUUGGAGUUUGAAUGGUCACACACUGACCACUCCUUGGGCUCAUUGGCCAUGGAAAGUGGUCUGAUGAGCGAGGUGACCACAUCCAGCGAGGGAGUCACCACCGUUAAAAAUUUUCAGACCCUGAAUCCAGCCGGUCGACCUGGAUAUAUCACUGUAACUGCCACCGUCAAUCGCUAUUCUGACAAGUAUCUCCGUGAGGCUGAAUCUAGAAUUUAUGCCCACAUAUCGCCGCCUCUCAGUAAGUCUCUACAACUGAAGCUGGUGGAGGAAGCUGUUGUAUCUCCAGACAUGAUAUCAGUGUUCAACCACCCUUCUAACAAGGUGACAGUACACAUACGGAAAGGUUCUGGUUACUUCUUCAUCCACCCAGCACAGUCUGACAUUGUGAAGAUCGACUACAGCGACCAGAAACACGAGAUGCUGGUGAAGCCUAUAUCAGACGGAUCCUUGUCCGUAACCGUUUAUGACCUUUGUAUUGAUAUGCCUGACCCUCCCGUUGCCACAGUGUUUGUGUCUGGUGUUGGAAGUAUCCAGCUGUCUUCCAUGGACAAGGUGGAAGUGGGCAAGGACUUUCAAGCAAGAGUAAAGGUAUUGGACAUGCACGGUAAACCACUACAGGCGAGCUUCUUCCCCUUGAUGGGCCUCCGAUUGGUUCCAGCAUCUACCAUCAUCACAGUCAAGCCAGAUCUUGAGGCAACUGAGGACAAAUUCACUGCAUACUACACCGUACACGGGGCAGUGGUGGGCCACACCUCCCUAGAGGCUCGAGCCACACCCAGGCCUGAUGUCACAGUCACCAGUCUGGCCAAGGCAGUGGAGGUGUUUCCCCCACUGCAGCUGAUACCACAAAACAUAACGCUGAUUAUUGGAGCACUCUUCCAGGUGUUGAGUAAAGGUGGCCCCACUCCUCAGUGUACAGUACUCUUCUCCAUAGCCAAUGAUGACAUCGCUCUAGUGUCGAGCAGUGGACUACUGGAUGCACAAGAACUGGGUUCUACAAGGGUCAUAGGUCAAGCUGUAGGUCAGGACCCAGAGACAGGGGAGACAAUUAUAUAUUCACAGGAUGAAGCACAGGUACACGUUGUACCUCUGACGGACAUCAGGAUCCACGCCCCGCUUACACGCCUACAGACUGGGACACGGAUGCCCAUGUAUGCUGUCGGAGCAACUGAACACGAAACUCCUUUCACAUUUGGCAGUGCUAUCCCACCACUCACAUUCACCUGGUCCGUCUCCAACAAAGAUGUGGUCUUUCUUGAGAAUGUUUUCCAUUCGAGUGGAGUCUUUCCUCCAGAACAGAGUGACUUUGCCAACCAGCUGGUUGCUAGGGAACCUGGUAGAGUGACAGUUAAGUUGGAAGUCAGUCCAUCACGGUUCAGAAAAGUCCAAGUCAGCGGUCAUGUUCAGCUGACAGACGAGCUUCAGAUAGAGGUGUUCCAGAAACUUGCUGUGAUCAGCCCAUCAGUAUGUGACGGUAAACUUCUGAUGACCCCUAACACAGAAGCAGUUGUCAAAACCAACAGAGACGGUGCAGCCAAGGUGACCUACACAGUGCUGCCAUCCAGUGGUAACCAGAGGGUGGUUACCGUGGGAGACGGAGGGCUACUGAGUUCAGGACCAAAGGCUGGAGAGGCUGCCCUCCACAUCACAUCACAGGAGGAGUUUGGUACCAACCAGACACUCGUUCUCCUUAUCAAGGUGAAGCCUGUAUCCUAUAUGAUGAUUAACUCGGACACCAUAUUGAGGACGUCUGGAGGGUUGCUGAAAAAGAUUCCAGUGGGAAGUACUCUCCACUUUUCUAUUAGUUACCAUGACAACAUCGGAGAACAGUUUUAUGCAACAAAUGUGAAAAUGCAUUACAGAUUUAGCAGGUAUGACCUAGUACAAGCUGGCUAUGGUGUGGAAAACAACACUCUGGUUGUCAAAGUGUCAGAUGUAGGCCAAACUAUACUCAAGGUUUGGGACAAACAGAAUCCCUGGCUAGCUGACUACAUCAACAUACAUGGCGAUUAUGCCAUCAUGCCAGUUAAAGUUGUCAUGUCUUUGGGAGAAAUUGUUUGCUUCCAGUCAUCUCUGGUGUCAGAGAAAGGAUAUCCAGGAGCUUGGUUUUCGAGCAAUGGUAACAUUCAUGUGGACAAGACCUCGGGCAUCGCUAUGGCAACAGGAGUGGGACAAUCCUUUGUGGACUAUAACAUAUCUAACACUGUAUCAACCUACAUGGAGGUGACUGUUUCUCCAAUCAGUAAGCUGACGCUGGACAACAGUAUGGACUAUCUAACCAAUGUCCAGUCACGAGGAAAAGCUCCCUUCAUCACUGUAAUACUGGACAGCGAAAUUGAAGUUCUAGGUGAAAACUGCACAGCCAAAAUCCAGGAGAACCACUUCCAUCCUCAACAUAUUCCUUUCUGGUGUGAACUGGGAUUCACUGGCAAGUCAUCUGAGAUCGGAGUAGAGGAUCUUUUCACCACUCAACCAGAAUUUGACCUCAAAACAGGAAAGUUUGGAUGCCAGAUAAACCAGGUGUCAAGACCAGAGAUACUGCAGCAGAUCAGCAGACUAAGCAUGGAUGUGUCCUUGUCAGUGGGUGUGGCAGCCCGGGAAGGACAACCAGAGAUCAUGGCCCAACAGCAUGUGUUCAGCUUCCUACCCUCAUUCUACAUCCACCAAAGUGAGGUCCAUCUAUCUACAGUCAACCAACUGUCGUCUAUCCGAAUAUCCACAACUUCUCGUCUCAUGGACUGUAUAGAGGUCUUUGUGAGUGAUCCGUCCAUCCUAGAAAGUCUAUCCCCGGAGAAGGACACCCAGUCGGGAGCUGUUCUACUUUACCCCAUCCGAUUAAUCGAGUCCGCAGCUCUGUGGGAGAAAGACCAGAUAGAUGUACAAGUUGAGAUGAUCUGUCAGAAAACAGGUCAAAGGGUAAAACUGCCCGUCUUUGUCAGCCUUAUUGGUCAGAAGCCUGAUUAUAUCAGUACAUACAGAGGGAGUGGCUGGCAGUCCUUGGUCCGUAAUGUCUUCUACAACUAUCAAUCCUGGCUUUUCAUAAUUCUGGUCAUCAUCCUUACGGCUCUAGCAGUCAUCAUUGGUUACCAUGCUGUGUUUGGACCAAAGUACAGAGCUGCCAAUGCUGGUGUAUUCAUGGGACCAGGAGGGGCUGCCACACCCAUCGCCUACUCACCCCAAGCUCUGAUGGGUCCUCAGUACUCUCCGUACGCUGCAACUACACCUAAAACUCCAUACCUCUGGUCACCUGGAUAUAGCCCUGUUGACGGUACUACUCCUCGGCAACGCAGGUCACCAUUCCAACGUACACAGACUCCUUGACGAUCUACAAUAUCGUAUCAGAAGCUCAAGUGAACAUUAUUGAAUAUUUGUUGUUGCGUUAACAUUCCAACAUAUCGUUGUACAGGUUCAUAUUUAGAUAUGAAUCUUGUUACAGUUAAAUAUUUAGAUCAGAUAUCUCACCCUAGGGAAGGAUCCAACAAGCGUACAUGCCUCUACAUGUAUAGGUUUACAGUGUGAAAUUAUCCAGGUCUGUAACUGUACAUGUAUUAUAUGUUGUGUAUACAUUGCCACUGAUUUAUAUUUUAUCUAUUGUAGAUUCAGAUUAAAGAAUUGAGAGGCAAUUUAUUUAACAAAAUCUGAAUAAGGAAAUAGGAAAAACAAUUCCUUUAUCCUACUUUAAUUUAAUUAUAGACAACGAAAAUCUUGUGUAUCGAUGUGACAGAUGCUUCUAAAGCCUGUCCAAUCCAACCGUUUGUAUGAACAGUAAACUGAUCAAUUUAAGACUCAAGAGGCAUCAAGGUGCACAAAACAACAACAUAAGUACUGGUUUUUCUUUAAUGUCCAGGAUAUUGUUUAGACAUCCAUGUUUGUUUUUCUGUUUAGAACUGGCACUGCUUGACUUUAUGAAUGAUCUCAGGUAGAGGCAGUAGGUUUUACAGCCCAUCCCAUCAAAUUUGACAGGAGUAUCAUAGUGUGAUGCUAUCCGUCUGUCUGUCCGGCGUAAACUUUUGUUUGGAGAUUUCCUCCUACAUUUACUGUUUUUGAAACUGGGUGUACAUUAUAAUUAUAAUAUUAAGUUGUGCAUCCCAGAAAGGAGUUUAAAUUUAACUGUUUUUGCAAAAGUUAUUGGCCUUGUUUAUUUCAGUAUUCAGUUUUUUGUCCGGAUAUCUUUUUUCACUUGAUUUGAUUGAAACUUGGUAGGCUUUAAAGUGAUGAUAUCAACAUGUGUAAAAUGAGUUGGAGACUAGUUAGUAACUCCUCAUUACUUAUAUUUCUCAAAAUGUUAGAAAAGUAAACAUUCAUUCUUUGGUGAAAUUUAAGGGUUAAUAAUGCAAAUCUUAUUCAAAUGCCAAAUAGUAUAUAAUGGCAUUCGACAGGGCUAUCUUGUUCCUGCUCCGUGGUACUCCGGUCGAGUCACAAGACAGGGCAACAAAAAGACCAGGAGUUUCUGUAUCAUCAGUCUACUCGGUAAUACAAUGCAGGAAUAUUUCAAUUAUCUCCACUGAAGUAAUGUGAUUUUUACAUUGAGCCAUGUUUUGUAUGAUUUAUCCGCUAUUAUUAAUUUGACCUAUGAUACUAAACUCUAAAAUCCUCUAUGAACAUCAUCCCCAAAGGUUAACAAAAUACCAUCCUCUGUUUGUAAAGCUGAGCUUGAUAUUUUGUUAGCAAAAUGGGAUUGUAUUGGGGGUAUGUUCUUUUAAAAUCAUUAAAUAACCAAAAUGAGCAAGUGUGUAUUGUUUAAGGUACCGGUGAGUAUAAGUUGAACACUACAGCUUUGAUAAUUUCUUUACUACGUGGUAGGAACUUCUACCUCAUCCACAUCUCAUGACUGUCCUAACAUGUUAUAAUGUUUUUAAAGACAACAAUUCAGAUAACCAUGAGAUAAACUGGUAUUAAUGUUGAGAUAAAUAUUAGGAAUACUUCUUUAGAUUGAGUUUGAGCAAAGUUUUUCAGAUUUUUCAAUUCAUGCUGAUAAAAGAACGAUGUUAACAAACACUCAAAAUUUUCCAUGAAUAAUUUGUUUUUGAUAUUGAGAUGUAACAAUGCAAUUAGCUUUGUUUUUUUUCCACCAUUUCCUGGAGUUUGGAACAUUUUGCCAGAAGUUUUGUUGUCCAAAACUAUUAGUCAGUAAAAUUAUUCAUACUUAGCAAAUAAGUCGUAUGCACCCACUAUUAAUUUCUCUUCAGCUUGGAAGCUUCAUUUGUUGCAAGCUGUGUGCUGAUAUUAAUCCUUUUUUUCUUCUUUUUUUUAUCUGAAAAUUUAAUGAAGCAAAUAGUUCCCAGCAUUCUUAAGUAAAUCAAGUGUAACAAUCUGAAAAUCAGGCAAAUAUCAGCUUAUGGUAUUAGGAACACUAAAAUUUAUCUUAAAGCAAGAAUUCUUUCUACUACUUUGUAUUCUGUAGUGCAGUUCUUGACAGUGUUAUUUCUGAUUCUCGGGAAGAAAUCCAGAAAUUUCAGUCGAGACAGGUUACAUGAGCUACACAUGUAUGUGUCGUCAGUUACAAUGAUGAGAGGGGAACAGAUAAUGUGUUAAAAUUAAGAAGAUACACAUUCUUGUAUGACUGUCAUAAAAAGGAGAAGUGUGUGAAAGAAAGUUGAGAGAAAAGAAGAGUGACUAUUUAGCUUCAGAGAGAAAGUGAGGAUGGUAAAUUGAGAGGGAGGAAAGAGAAAUUUAGUGAGAGGUAAGUACGAGUGGGAAUGAAAUAUAGUUUGCAAAAGAUGUUUUGGAAAUGGUAAAGAUUUUGAAUUAUUUUUGAGAAUUUGAUCUUUGUUUCAUAACAAUGUAUUGUUUUGUAUGUAAUUUGACUGUAUUUUAUUAUGUUGUACAAGUCUGUUUUGUGAAAGAACUGAUGCAAUUGAAAUGAAAGCUAAGUCAUAAGAAUAGUAAUAUAAAAGAUUUCCACACUCAUCACCCAACUUAAAAAAUCCUUAUUCCAAAGUGCUAUAUACCAAUACUCAAUAAUUAAGUUCAAUUUUCAGAAUAUGUUUAAAUAAUUCAGUGUUGUACAAUCUGUAAAGGGACUUUCUAGAAGUUUGUAAGAAACGUUGUGAAUUCAAGUGUCACAUAACCUUUUUUUUCUGCAAAAAUACAAAACCUGAAUUUUUAAUAAAACAUAAAUACAUAUAAAUGUCGUUUCUAAUAGAUAUUGAAACAUAAUGUGCGAGAAAAUGUCUAUUUUAUUGUAAGUGUGAGCUAAAGAACGUGACAUUUGGUAUCGUGAAUAAAUUUCCAAUAUUUUGUAUA